CUGUGACCGUGGCCGUGACGGUGACCGAGGGCUGCGCGGAGGCCGCGGCGGGGCGCGGCCCGGAGGGAGCGAUGGGGGAGGAGGCGGCGGCGGCGGCGGGCGUGCGGCCGGAGCUGGUGCGUGAGGCGGAGGUCAGCCUGCUGGAGUGCAAGGUGUGCUUCGAACGGUUCGGCCACUGGCAGCAGCGGCGCCCGCGCAACCUGCCCUGCGGCCACGUGGUCUGCCUGGCCUGCGUCGCCGCCCUCGCGCACCCGCGGACGCUGGGCCUCGAGUGUCCCUUCUGCCGGCGGGCCUGCCGGGCCUGUGACACCAGCGACUGUCUGCCGGUGCUGCACCUUCUGGAGCUCCUGGGCUCCAACCUCCACUUGUCCCCGUCUGCCCUCAGCACCGCCCCCUUUGCGCCGGGGGCUCUCACUUGCUGCCACGCCUUCGGCGGGUGGGGGACCCUAGUGAACCCCACGGGGCUAGCACUGUGCCCCAAGACCGGACGGGUCGUGGUCGUGCACGACGGUAAGAGACGGGUCAAGAUCUUUGACUCCGGAGGAGGAGGCGCACACCAGUUUGGAGAGAAGGGGGACGCAGCGCACGACGUGAAGUACCCACUGGAUGUCACUGUCACCAACGACGGCCACGUGGUUGUCACCGACGCUGGCGACUGCUCCCUCAAAGUGUUUGAUUUCUUUGGCAAGGUCAAGCUGGUUGUGGGAAAGCAGUUUUCCCUGCCUUGGGGUGUGGAGAUCACCCCUCACAACGAGGUCCUGGUGACUGAUACGGAGGCAGGGACUUUGCACCUGCUGGAAGCGGAUUUCCCUGAGGGGGUCCUUCGGAGGAUCGAGAAGCUGCAAGGUCACCUGUGCAAUCCCCGUGGGGUGGCUGUGUCGUGGCUCACCGGGGCCAUCGCGGUCCUAGAACAUCCUUGUGCCUUCGGGACGGCAGGCUGUAACAACACAAGGGUGAAGGUGUUCAACUCCACUAUGCAGCUGAUUGGCCAGGUGGAUAGCUUCGGGCUGAACCUCCUCUUCCCCUCCAAAGUGACUGCCUCUGCCGUGACCUUCGAUCGCCAAGGAAAUGUGAUUGUGGCUGACACCUCUGGUCCAGCCAUCGUAUGCUUGGGGAAACCUGAGGAAUUUCCCUCCCUGAAGCCUAUGGUUACUCACGGCCUUUCCCGGCCCGUGGCCCUGGCCUUCACCAAGGAGAAUUCUCUUCUUGUGCUGGACACUGCAUCCCAUUCUAUCAAAGUCUUUAAAGUGAUGGAGGGUAAUGGAGGGUGAGGGAGAUCCGGAAGCCUUGAGUCAGAAAUCCUGGUGUCAUCGGGAGUGAGUCAGUCAGUAUCCAUCCGGGCAGGGAUGCCGGUAACUGCCUGGCAAAAGCAGUUACGAAGGCCAUUUUUAAAGACUAAUAAUUAAACUUGUCGUUUGGUGAAUGCCUGCCUACUCCUGUGUUUAGACAUUUGCAGAUCUCAGCCCAUUUGCUCUGUAAUACACAGUGAUGUAAUUCCUAUUAUCAGUCCAUUUCAGAGAUGAGAAAACAGACCGGGAACAUUCAGUGUGUUUUCUUUAGAGUUGUAUUAACCACUUGCUCUUAAAUAGGAUUCCAGAUGUCAACAACAACAACAAAAAUAUGUGAGCUGUGGCUUACCUAUGUUCUCCCUCCAAAUGGAUAACUGGUCAAGUGCUCGGAGAGACAAAAGGGGCUUUUUUAGGAGAAAAGGGAAGGUGUCUGUCACCUUCUGUUGUGAGCUUCCCCAAAGGCAGGAGGUGUGUGCCAGUGUUCCAGCACUUGGCAGGUGGAGGCAGGAAGUUCAACACAUCUACAGCUAGCGACCUAAUAAGUUUGAGGCUAGGCUGGGCUACAUGAAAUGUAUUAUCCCCCUCUCCCCUCUCCUC